CCUUCCCCUAGGUUGCUGCCUUCUUUCCUGCCCUCCUUCCUGACCGCCUUCUCUACCGCCUGGGGAUGGGGGGCUGGAGGAGCAAGAGCUAAGAUCCAAAGUCAAGAAGAGGAAGCGGCACCGGCGGCCCCGGGCUCGCCAGGAGUGGACUCUAGUGCUGGGAGAGCCGAACCGGUCCUGGCCUAAGCCGCUGUGGCCUAAGGGCCCAGGCAGCCAGUGCCAUGAAGCUGAAUGAACAUAGCAUGGCCCACUACGCCGUGAGUGGCUCUCCGGCUGACCACGAGGGCUUCCUGCGUCGCUGCAGCAGCCCUGGAGCCCGCCAGCCCACAGCUGGGGCCGGUGGCCCCUGCGCUAGAUUCUGGUUCGUGCUCAAGGGGAAUCUGCUCUUCUACUUCGAGGGUCGGGAGAGCCGGCCACCCCUGGGCCUCAUCGUGCUGGAGGGCUGCACCGUGGAGCUCUGCGAGGCAUCCCAGGAGUUCGCCUUUGCCAUCCGAUUCGAUGCCCCUGGGCUGCGGCCCUAUGUGCUGGCAGCCGAGGGGCCCGAGGCCCAGGAGGCCUGGGUGAAGGUGCUCUCCAGGGCCAGCUUCGGCUACAUGCGGCUACUGGUGCAGGAACUGGAAAGGCAGCUGGGAGAGGUGCAGCUGGGCUUCGCCUGCCACCACCCCGGCUCCCGCCACUCACCCCACAGGGCGGGCCCCCCUCCGGACCGGCCACCCCCGCAGCCUGAGGAUGAGCUCAGGGAGGGCAGCCCCUUGGCAGAUACAGAAGGGGAGGAGGUGGCUACAAAGCUCCCCACUCCACUGGGCCGACGGCGCCUAGCUGAGAGCUGCUCCUGGGGCACGGCCAGCCUGCCCCUGAAUGGGGGGGACAGCCCGGUUUCCCCAGAGACCUCCUGCUUCCCCAAGCUGCAUGACUGGUAUGGCCAGGAGAUCAUCGACCUCCGCAGGGAGUGGCUGCAGGCCAGGGACCUGGGUGGCACGUUGUGAGGGGAGGGCAGGGGGCCCGGGGCUCCUGACCCCCCCACCCUGGUCUGGCUUCCGCUGGGGAAGAAGCUGCCUGUUCACUCUCCUCAGCCCCAGCCCCCUCCUCCUUUCCUAUCUUUGUUACGGUCCCUGGGCUCCCACUGGGCCACUGUCCACAGGGAGGUAUGACCCCCUCUUCUUUCCCUUCCCUAACUGCUCAGGACACAGGGUUCAGAAUCCUCAGGACAGUCAGAAAGGAAAGACGACUGCCGAGUGACCUGAGGGGAGUCACUGAGCAGCUCCGUGCCUCAGUUUCUCCACUUUGCAAAAGUCACCAGGAAGGGGAUCUCUAACAGCUCUGAACCCUACGAUCCCAGAACACGAGGUUGCAAGAAAAAGGUGCUAAUGAGACAGUUUAGUGGAUAGAGCUGGCCUCGAGGGCCGGCACUGUGACCCCAUUUCACAGAUGAGGAAACUGAGGCCCCCAGGGAGGGGACCCGGUGAGGGCUGAGCCUUACACCGCAUGACCUUCAAACAGAGGUCAGGGACCAACCCGGGGGCGUUAUGGAGGGAUUCCCUUUGGGGCUGGGUUGGUGGUUUCUGGUUACAGGUUCCUGGAACCUUAAUUAUCACGGAAAGAAAAUAGCCUCAAAGCAAAAACCUGGGAGAGAUCCGGGCCUGUGAGAGACUGGGGCCACAGGCGACUCCUUGCCCUCCAUCCCCCUAGAUGUUAAGGGAGAUUAGGGAGGAGAUAAGGACUGAGGCCAGAUCCAGGCCGGUUGCCCUGCCCUAGCAGGUGCCUGCCUCUCACUGCCUGGGGACGUAGCUCUGGGGGUCAGCACAAGGGUCACAGGGUCCUGGACUGAAAGCUGCGAGGGUCUUCAGGUGUCAGCUGGUCCCGAGUCACCUUUUUACAGACGAGGGAACUGAGCCGAGAGGCUGGAAAGUGUGCGAAGUAGCCCCUGCCAAGGUGGGGGGAGGUUCCUCCCUCCGCACCCACAGCAGAACAUCUGAGUCAGAAGGAAGUCCAGAGGCCACCUGCCCAACUUCCACAACUGUCAGAGGCGGAGUGUUGCCCACCAGGGCUGAGGCUCGAAACGGGACCUCUGGCUGGCUGGAUGCCACCCUGCCGGGGCAGGCUUCCCGUAGGAUCCAGGGACUAGUUCUGGCAAACUCCCCCGCCCCCACCCCAGAGCCAGCAUCCCCUCAAGGAAGCCCCUAACACCACAGGCUGGGCCAGCCCUGGGCAGGGUGAAGCUGCCCAGCUUGCAGUGGCCACAUGUUUCCCCCUACUUGUGCUCUCUGGAGGCAGCUGGUGGCACAGUAUGAGGGCUGGACCCAAGUUCAAGUUCCGCCUCAGACCCUGCGUGACCCUGGCCAAGUCGAGUAGCGCCUCCCUCCCCAAGGUUGUUGUGAACAUCCAAUGGGAUCUGUAAAGUGCCUGUAUGCAGUCGGUGCUAUAUAAAUGCUUCUUGCUUCUC